AUGACUUCCACUAUCCAACUUUCUCCUACCUCUUUGGGCAUCUUCAAGGCCGCCGAUAUUGCCCCAGGUUCGAUAGAGAAAUGUAACAAGCUCCUGGGCAUCAAUCAUGAAAAAUACCACAUCUUUUUUCAGAACCCGGCGUUCCAUAAUCAUAUGGCCCAUAGUCUACUCACCAACCUUUCCUUGGGCGCGACACCUGAGGAACUUGAUGACCGGUUUAAUGAUCUUGUCCCAAUCCAGCGCAAGAUCCCAGACAUUGACCAUGCUUUGCUAAAAGAGCUGGGGGAUCCGGAGUGCUUUUACAACGCGAUUGGUCAAAUCCAUCAGUACCACACCUUCCUCGAGUUUUUCAAAGGAGAGAUUUUGCUUAAAGGAUGGAAGGAAGUUCUGCAAGGCUUUCUCUUUGCCCGCACAAAGCUAGCCAACAGGUUGCUAGCGCAGCUCCUGGAGGGUGUUUACCAUCCUCUCAUCCACCUGGGCUUUGGAGUGGAAUUCGAGCAACCAGCAAUCAUCGCUGAAGCGCUUGCACAAGCUGCCUCGCAUGACAGGAUGAACAUCGAGGACCUGUUUUUCGAAGCAGAGGCUCUCGCCAAUAAAGCCAGGGCGCAACAGACUGGAAAACAAAAGCCACUCAUCGAAUUACUCUCCGAGGUGCGCGCCAGUGAGACUAUCCGUAACGGGCCUCGCUGGUCUGACCUUGGGGGAAAGAUGAAGAAAGGCGUCAUAGGCCGUGCUGGUAAUGCGUUGGCCAAGAUUGGCGCCCAGUUUGUCAUUCCUAACCAGGAUUACGAGGAUCUAGAGAGACGAACUACUGAGAUGAUCGGUGUCUGCGCGUAUCUGGUAGGUUCCGUGCUACGCAAAGACCGGAAAAGGAAACUCGACUUUUUCGUCAUGCAUGCCGUCAACAGCAGCAUUUUUUGUACUGUCUUGAUCCGCCAAGACUGGAUCAAACUGGAAGACAAGAUAAGAUUAGUUGAGUGGAAAGGGAGAUUGGACCUAGCAUGGUAUGCGGCAGAAGGGUGUCCCCCGCUGGACGAUGAGGCAAUCUCCAGCUACAUGGACAGCAGUGAGAUGGAUUGGCAAGAUCUCUUUAGCGCUGCUAGGACGGAGUGUGACGAUGGACAUGUCUCUAAGUUUGUCCGGGCGCUCAAGCAUGGGGAGAAUGAGACAAAAAUUUACGACGGUGGAGAAUGGAGCAACUACUUCCCCAUGAAGGGUGAUAUGUGGCUUAAGUUGGCCAGAAUCUGCUUAGAUACGACAAAGGGUCUGCUCUGGGAGGUCAAGUGGGUAUGGUUUGCGGGAUUCAAUGAGGCGUGGCAGCGUCCGGAUCUUCAACUUUAG